GGGCUUCCUCCCUGGGGUGUGAGCAGGUCGGCGCGACACACCUCUCCAGGCGCGCGCCCAGGGACCCGCUGGCGGAGGCGCCCAGGCAGUUCCAGCUGCGGCACUCCAGGGGAAGUAGCUGGCCCUGAGCCUGGAGGCCGAAGGAGGGGAGCAACGCUCCUGCCGCGAUUCGGAGAAGAGAUACACUAGGCCAGCCUAAGGACACUCCGAGUGCGAGCUGCGGCUGGGGUAGGGGCGGCCCCUUCCAGUGGGCGCUUGGGUCACCUAGGAGCAGUUCUCCGGGACCCGUUGCAUCCGAGGGACUGGGCGGGGCUGGGCGUGGCUGGACGCGGGCAGCGCUCAGGAGUCCCGGAACUCGCUGGCCCUGCGGCCACGGGCCGAGGCGUGGUCCUGAGCCCCUGCGCGGUUUCUGGUGCGUAGAGACUGUAAAUCACUGCGCUUCUCAGUCAUCGUCACCCCAGCUUUUCUCGGCUGGAAUUCAGCCUCCAACUCAAGAUCGCGGGAAGGACUACCUGAGAGGAGAAAAGCUUCUGUCGCUGGACCUUCUUCUGAGGGUGGUGAGGAGUCGGAGGCUCCCUGCUCUCUAGCCGCCCAGUGACCCAAGAUUAAUCUUCAGCACCACUUGGGGCGACCUUUUCAGUGCAAAGCUCUGAUUCUGUUUCUCAGGAUUCCUCCCCACCCCGUUCCGCCCCGGAAAAGCUGACAAGAACUUCAGGUGUAAGCCCUGAGUAGUGAGGACCGGCGGUCUCCGCGGAGAACUGUGCCUGGAAGAGAAGGACGCUGGUGGGGCUGAGAUCAGAGCUGCCUUCUGGCCCCGUGGCCCCCAUGCUUCUGUCGUGGCUAACAGUUCUAGGGGCUGGAAUGGUCCUCCUGCACUUCGUGCAGAAACUCCUGUUCCCUUACUUUUGGGAUGACUUCUUAUUCCUGGUGAAGGUGGUGCUCAUUAUAAUUCGGCUGAAGAAGUACGAAAAGAGAGGGGAGCUGGUGACUGUGCUGGAUAAAUUCUUGAGUCAUGCCAAAAGACAACCUCGGAAACCUUUCAUCAUCUAUGAAGGAGACAUCUACACCUAUCAGGAUGUAGACAAAAGGAGCAGCAGAGUGGCCCGUGUUUUCCUGAACCAUUCCUCUCUGAAAAAGGGGGACACCGUGGCUGUACUGAUGAGCAAUGAGCCGGACUUCGUUCACGUGUGGUUCGGCCUCGCCAAGCUGGGCUGCGUGGUGGCCUUUCUCAACUCCAACAUUCGCUCCAACUCCCUCCUGAAUUGCAUCCGCACCUGUGGGCCUAGAGCCCUAGUGGUGGGCGCAGAUUUGCUUGGAACUGUAGAAGAAAUCCUUCCAAGCCUCUCAGAAAAUAUCAGUGUUUGGGGGAUGAAAGAUUCAGUUCCAGAAGGCAUAAUUUCACUCAAAGAAAAACUGAGCACCUCAUCUGAUGAGCCUGUGCCACGCAGCCGCCAUGUUGUCUCACUCCUCAAGUCUACUUGUCUUUACAUUUUUACCUCCGGAACAACAGGUCUACCAAAAGCAGCUGUGAUUAGUCAGCUGCAGGUUUUAAGGGGUUCUGCUGUCCUGUGGGCUUUUGGUUGUACUGCUGAUGACAUUGUUUAUAUAACCCUUCCUCUGUAUCAUAGUUCAGCAGCUAUCCUGGGAAUUUCUGGAUGUGUUGAGUUGGGUGCCACUUGUGUGUUAAAGAAGAAAUUCUCAGCAAGCCAGUUUUGGAAUGACUGCAAGAAGUAUGAUGUGACUGUGUUUCAGUAUAUUGGAGAACUUUGUCGCUACCUUUGCAAACAAUCUAAGAGAGAAGGAGAAAGGGAUCAUAAGGUGCGUUUGGCAAUUGGAAACGGUAUGCGGAGUGAUGUAUGGAGAGAAUUUUUAGACAGAUUUGGAAAUAUAAAGGUGUGUGAACUUUAUGCAGCUACUGAAUCAAGCAUAUCUUUCAUUAACUACACUGGGAAAAUUGGAGCAAUUGGGAGAGCAAAUUUCUUUCACAAACUUCUUUCCACUUUUGACUUAAUAAAGUAUGACUUUCAGAAAGAUGAACCCAUGAGAAAUGAACAGGGUUGGUGUAUUCAUGUGAAAAAAGGAGAACCUGGACUUCUCAUUUCUCGAGUGCAUGCAAAAAAUCCCUUCUUUGGCUAUGCUGGGCCUUACAAGCACACAAAAGACAAAUUGCUUUGUGAUGUUUUUAAGAAGGGAGAUGUUUACCUUAACACCGGAGACUUGAUAGUCCAGAAUCAGGACAAUUUCCUUUAUUUUUGGGACCGUACUGGAGACACUUUCAGAUGGAAAGGAGAAAAUGUCUCAACCACUGAGGUUGUUGAUGUUAUUGGAAUGUUGGAUUUCAUACAGGAAGCAAACGUCUAUGGUGUGGCUAUAUCAGGUUAUGAAGGAAGAGCAGGAAUGGCUUCUAUUAUUUUAAAACCAAAUAAAUCUUUAGAUUUGGAAAAAGUUUAUGAACAACUUGUAACAUCUUUACCAGCUUAUGCUUGUCCACGAUUUUUAAGAAUUCAGGAAAAAAUGGAAGCAACAGGAACAUUCAAACUAUUGAAGUAUCGGUUGGUGGAAGAAGGAUUUAAUCCACUGAAAAUUUCUGAACCACUUUACUUCAUGGAUAACUUGAAAAAGUCUUAUGUUCCACUGACCAGGGAACUUUAUGAUCAAAUAAUGUUAGGGGAAAUAAAACUGUAAGAUUUUUAUAUCUAGAACUUUCAUAUGCUUUCUUAGGAAGAGUGAGAGGAGACUGUAUGAUUCUUUACUAUGAAAUGAGGAAAAGGAACUAACAUUAUUUAGGCAUGUGCUAUGUUUCCUUAAUAUGAGAGAGAAUUGUUUUAGUUGCAUAAUGAUUUUUUCUUUUAAAUGAUAUAAACUUUAGUUGAUUAUUCUUUUUGCCUAUUUGGAGAUUCAGUGCAUAACUAAAUAUUUGCCGUAAUAUUAAAGGGUUUAAAUAAUAAAUGGUAGCUAGCAGUUUGGACAAUCACUAAAAAUAUACUUUCUAAUAUGUAAAGUUACUAAUUUUGAAUAAAAGAUUAAUUUUUCUGAAA